UUCUGUCCAUGCCAAGCAGCUUUCAGCUUGUACUAAGCUGAUAGAACACAUGAGAGAGGAGUAGAAGAAUAUAGUGUGCUCUUACUUUACUUUGACAACAUAAAAGUCUUUUUGAGGUUGUCUUUUAUAUUGAAACACUUGAACAUGACUGCACUCCAGGUCCUGGUCAUGCUCCACCUGACUGCUGCGGCAGCUGACGCUCAGACUUUCCAAGGGGGCAAUUGCCCCCAGCCAUCUGUUCAAGAGGACUUCAAUGUUACAAAGUAUAUGGGCACCUGGUAUGAAAUAGAGAAGCUCCCAGCUGUGUUUGAGAGAGGAAAAUGUAACCAAGCUACAUACAGUCCUCUCACUGAUGGGACGGUCAGCGUUCACAAUUCAGAACUGCUGUCCAAUGGGAAGAUCAAUUCAAUUGAGGGUGUUGCCAAAGUUCAAAACUCAACUCAACCUGCAAUUCUGGGUGUCAGCUUCUUUAAAGGUGUUCCAGAUGCUCCCUACUGGGUACUCUCCACAGACUACCAGUCAUAUGCUCUGGUGUACUCUUGUUCUGACUACCUCGGUUUUUUCCACAUUGACUUCGCCUGGAUCCUGGCUCGCACUCGGGUGCUGACUGAGGAUGUCAUCGGCAAGUUACAUGAAAGGCUGGCUUCCGCUGGUGUAAACACAAACCGCCUUACAGUCACCGAUCAGACUGGAUGUGAUGUCAUGACCUGAGGCAUGAUCAGAAAAAUGUAAAAGGAGAACAAAAGCUAAAUACCUGUUUUGAACAGUAAUGGAAAUUCCAAUAUGCUGUGUGUGCAGCUGUGAUAUACCAGACAAUGUCAUUUAUUUAGUGUUGAGUCUACAGUCUUCAGACUUACUGUUUUACGGUUGAACAUUACAGUUAAAGUUAACCAUUGUGGCUUUAUCAGUUCUGAAACAAUUGAAAAAAAUUAAUGGUUUUCCACUACUAAUUAGGGGCAUUUUGUUUUCAGUUUGUAAUGAAGAUGCAAUUUCUGCCUUUUAGGUCAUUCUGCUGUUUAUGCUCAUGCAUACAACAUAUUGGACUACAUACAAGUUGUAUAGCUCAUUGUGAAAUAAUCGUGCUCUUACAGUUUGUGUGGGUUCCAGCUUUAAGAUGUCUGGUUAUCAUGACAAAUGUGAAUAUUUAAUAUAGGCUAACAAACAUAACAAUUUAAUUAAAUUAAUCUUUGGGAAAAGGUUUCAAUUAUAAUUUAUUAUUAUUAUGAAUGUAUUUAGUAUUUCCAGAAUGUAUGUGUUGUAGGGCUUUUUCCUCUAUGUUGUUACACUUUAAAACAUAUUUAUUGCCCAGCUAAAUUUUCAAGAGGUUCAGGAAAAUACUUGACUUCAAAAUAAAAGCGUAACAGCUUAAAAGUUAAAUCGGCAAACGAUGUAUGUAUAUAUAAUCUGUAUCAUUAAAAUUCAACUUUAAAGAUUUG